UGUGACGUGUAUAGAGGCUUUUUUUUUUUUUAGGAAACAUUUAAGAAUUCAUUGCAGACAUCAUGACACUUCUAAUACUUCAGCUUGGAUCUCUUAAGAAUAAGAUUUUCCUACAUAACCCGUAAUACAUUCAUCAUACGUGGGGAAUUUAACAUUGAUAUAAUACUGUUAUCUCUUUUGUCCAUGUUAACAUUUUUCUAAGUGUCCUAAUACUGUCCUUCAUAGUUUUUUUUUUUCUUCUAUCCAUUACCUAGUGAAGGAUUGUGCAUUACAUUCGGUUGUCAUGCACUCCCAAUAUUAUUUCAAAACUAAUUCCAGAUAUCAAGUCAGUUCAUUGAUAAGUAUUUCUGUAUGUACGUCUAAAAGUGAAGGACUUUUUGUUGUUAAUAUAUAAACACAAUACUAUUAUUGACCUACUUUUUUUUCACAGUCUCAUGACAUCAAAGUCCAUGUAGAGCUCAAUUCCCAUUGUAUCAAUAUGCUGGGUUUUUUUUAAUGUGUUGCACAACAAUGUGAAUGUACUUAAUGCUGCAGAACUAUACACUUAAAAGUGAUUAAAAUGGUAAAUUUUAUGUUAUGCAUAUUUUACCACAAUAAAUAAUUUUUUAAAUAUUGUUUGCAGGAUGCCAAAGGCAUUGGCAGUUGGUCUCUUAAUUUUCUCUUCUUUUAAAAAAUUAAGUUUUAUUCGGACAUAUUUUAUACUUUAAGUGAGCACCUUGAUACAUUUUAGUAAGUUUAUACAAUUAAUUGUACAACCAUCACCACAAUUUAGUUUUAGAUCACUUCCAUCACCCAAAGAAGUGACCUUAUGACCAUUUACUGAUAAUCCCUGCCUCUGUGCUGGCCCCAUGCAACCACUGAUCUGCCUUUUUCUCUGCAGUUUCUCCUUUUCUAUACAUUUCAUGUAAAUAGGGUCAUUCAGUAUGUAGUCUUUUGUGUCUGGCAUAUUCAUUCAGUGAGAUGUUUCUGAGAGUCAUCCUUACUAUCGCUUGUAUCAGUAGUUCCUUUUUAUUUUGCUGAGACAUAUUCCACUUUAUAGAUAUACCAUAUUUUGUUUAUCUAUUCACUAACUGAUGGACUUCUGGGUUCUUUCCAGCUUAUAGCAGUGCAUGCUUGUGUAAAGUCUUUGUAUGAGUAUGUUUUCAUUUCUCUUUUGUGGAUAUUCAGGAGUGGAAUUGCUGGAUCUAACGUUUUAUAGAAACCACCACGCUGUUUUCAAGCUGGUUGUACCAUUUUACAUUCUUUUAUAUUCAGACCAGUACUGUGUGAGAUCUGCAGGUUCUCCACAUCCUUCUUCACUUGUUGUAUUGUUAGUCUUUCACUUUAACCAUCUUCUUUGGUAUGUAAUGAUAUUUCAUUGAGGUUUUAAUUUACAUUUCCUUAAUGACUACAGAGAUUGAGUAUCUUUUCAUGUGCUUACUUGCCAUUCAUGUAUCUUUGUUGAAGAAUCUCGUCACAUCUUUCGCCUAUUUUAAAAAAUUGGAUUGUUUAUUGGAUUUUAAGUUUUUAUAUACAAAUCCUUUAUUAGAUGUACAUUUUGCAAAUAUUUUUCCCAGUUUGUGGCUUUUCUUUUUCUUAAUGGAAUCUUUGAACAACAAGAAAUUGUAAACUUUGAUUCAGUCCCAAUUUAUUGAUUUUUCUUUUAUUGUUUGUGCUUUUUGGGGAGUCACAUCUAAAAAAUUUUUGCCAACUAGAUCAAAAAUAUUUUCUCCUGUUUUUCCUAGAUGUUUUAUAAUUUUAGCUCCUACAUUUAGCUUUAUGGUUUGUUUUAAGUUUUUAUGCAUGGUGUGAGGUAAAGGUCAGGGUCACCAUGAUUCUGUUUACCAUGUUCCUUUGACUUCUCUGUUGGAUCCAGAAGCUCAACCCAAUUCAGGUUUGAUUACUUUUUUGUUGUUGUUGUUAAGACUGUUUCAUAGUUGGUGGUGUGUUUUUCCAUCAGGAGGCAUAUAACCUUUCAGGUUAUCUUUUGUUUUCCGAUUGAUGUGAGCUGUUUAUUGAUGGUCAACACUUAGAUCCAUUAAAUGAUUGUAUUAGAGAUUCUGCCAUUCCUUCAUUUGUUAGCUGGAUUACUUUUAUUAAAAGAACUCCUUAUCAUCUGUUUUGCUUCAGUGGUAUAGUUGUGUAUGAUCUCUCUGGUUACAAAUGCAGUGACUUAUUAACAAGUCAUUUGGGGUAGGUAUUUUUCGUAAUGUACCAUUUCCCAGUUGACUUGGCAGACAAAGAGUUUCAACUGAUUAGCAAGUUGAGGGUUCUUUUUGUUUUCUGUCUGCAUUAAUGGCUUAUGAACAAACUCUUCUGUUGGAAGCUCUGUAUAAAACUGUCCUCCUUGGCUUCUUUGUAGGUAAAGAUUGUGUGUAUACUAAAUUAUUGCUUUAUAAGAGCAAAUUGCAAUCUUGACCUUAUCUUUUUCCAGGAUAGCAUUUUGUAAUGAGUAUAUAGUAAUUGCUUGCUUUCUUUAUAACCUUGAUUUUUGAUGCUGCUGCUGUCUCUUAUGCCGCUUUAUGGUUAUGAAAAGAUUUUCUGUUCUUUCCUUGAUCCUGAGUAUAAAUAAGAAAAGUAACAAAGUUGACAUAAAUCCUGUUGAACUUUUACUAUUUUUUUCAUUGUAUCUUAGUUAUUAACUCUGUUUUCAGAAUUCUUCCCAAAUAGGAUUUUUUUGGCUAUCAGUGUAUCUGUUUUAAAUACUAAUCUUAUGUCACAGUAAGUUUGAAGUGUUUUGUGUUUAAUGAAUGAUUGGACAGAAGUCAGCCUCCCAAGACAGCUAUGUGAAGGGCUCUCGUGAACAAAGGCACAAACUCAUUCUGAGUGGACACACCUAUGAGUACAAACCAUUGGGACUUGGGGGCAGUUCCAGGACAGACUGUGUUGUGGAGCUGCUCAGAAGUAGAAUGGAUUGUCACGGGAAUGGAUAUUCAUGGGGAUUUUCUAUACUGUAUCAUUGAUGGUAUUGGAACACAGAAUGGACAACUUCCUCCUCAGAGAUGGGUGGGGAAGAACUUGCUAGAGAAGGACCAUAGGUUAAUGGUGAGUUAUUUGUGGAAAUGUUGGGGCAUGAGAAUGGUGUAUAGCUACAAAACGAUGAGGACUGUUGGACUAGAUGUGACCUAUUAAAGUUUUUUCUAAUUUUUGGAUUCACCCAUCUCAUUUAGUGAAACAAAGAAAAAUUUUAAAAAGAUCACCCAGGAUGUUGACUUAAUGUAUUAUAAAAGUGUAGUGCUGGGUAUAGUUCUUGAUGGCACUAAGGAGAUGUUUGAAAAUGAGGUAGUCAUGUGAGCAUAAGGUAUUUAAUUAUUUGGGGAGAAAACCAAGGGAUAAAGGGAAAAAGAUUUGUAUGUUGAACUUCAUCAUUUGAGUAGAGUGGGAAAACUAUUUUAUUCUUUUCUUAUUUUACCCCACUCCAUCAAUAUCCCUCCAAAAUUGCAAGGUUGACUGGGCAACCCCAUAGUAAUAAUUUUUAUUUAUUAGUUUUAUUCACUUGUUUUGCAAGGUGUGCUGAUGUCUAAAUUCUCAAGGCCAGAAUUCCAUGAUGUUUAGUUCUCAUCAUAGACAUACCAAGUAGGAAUUUCAUACCCACCAUCAUAGUAUUUGUUAAAAUAGGGAAAACUUUCCCUCCUUCCUUUUCUUGACAAGACUUUUUCAUGAAAGUGACUCUUUGAAGUCUAACUGCCAAUCUGAAUUUGUUUGACAUUUAGUUAAAGAUUCAGGCCAGAGUAGUACUCUGGUAUUUGAAUGACUUACUGAUUUCUUUUCCCCCUUAAAAGAUCGCUUUAAGAGGAAUUUGAAGUAAGCUAAUGACUUUUUGGUAGUUAGAUAUAACAGUAAGCCUCUUCAAGCAUUAGAUUUUGGUUUCCAAGUCAGCAAGGACUGAUUGAGUGUCCUGUCUGUCAUCUGACUAGUGGACAUGAAAUUCCAACUUGAUAUCGCUAAGCCUGGGAUAAUCUUCAGAUUGUUGUUUUGGAGGAAUCCAAUGUGAGAAACAACUGAAUUGAGUUCUCUUUUAUACUUUAAUAGAGAAUAAUACUGUAUUUGUAAGCUCAUAUCCUGUAAGAAAAUACUGAGGAAAACAUGUUAAUGAUACAUAGGGUAGGUUCUUUGAGUUGUUAUCUUUGUGAUGAUGUUUUUCUGGAGUUAAGUGGCUGCGUUUUGACUAACUAGCUCAUUUAUUUUCUGAACAGUUUAAAUACAGUUAAAAUAAUAACCUUGUCUACCACCUACCCACCCCCCAUUCUGAAAAACAACUGGCCUUUGGAAUGUAAGUAAGAACAGUUUUCGGAGAUGGUGCUGGAAAUUUUUUCCCUCAAAAAGAGAUACUAAUAACCAAUUAUUUGCCUCAAACCUACCUUUUGUUAAUUUGCAAAUAGCAAAGUUUUGAUUUCUUGUCAGUUUGUUUUGAUGACUUCAGGUACUUGUUUCUGUUUCAAACUGAAAGAAGUUUUAUAUUUUAUAAAAACUAUUUUUUCUUUUAAAAUAUGGAAAUUAGUGUAGCAUAAUCAGUGUUUUUAAGGAUUUAAUAUUAUGUAGAUAAUUUUGUACUACACACUAGAAAGUGGAAUUUGUAAGUGCUAAUCUUAGAAAACUGGCAACCAAUAGUUGAAUGGUAGGAAAAAUAACAUUUUUAGGGAAAGAACAGAAAAGGAGAGGAGUCAUUAUUUAUGUUUAAAAUAUUUAGAUACUUAACCAAGAAUUUCUGUAUAUUUAACACAGGCACUUCUAGUUUUUAGAGGAUGUUCACUGCAUAGAUUAAUAUUUGUGGGUAAUGAAGUCUACAAAAGCAAAUAACAAGGUGCAACUGAUUUCUAGUACUGACCAAACAAAAGGCUGCCAGGCCUCCUGCUGAACUCCCGAACAACAGCUUUGAGGGCAAAAAUUGAAAGUUGAAGUUUGUUGACCGAUUGGACAGAAGACAGCCUCCAAAAAGUCUGCAGACAUCAGUCAUUACAGCUUGCUCUUGGUUCUCUUCUUGAGGCCUCUGGGGUAAGAGCCUACUAGAAUAAUGUUUUGGAAGAAGUUCAUUAAUGGCAGCACCUAUCAAGAUACCAUCCAGACUCCUGGUUACUCAAAAUUCUAAUACAACAGUGUAGAACCUUGAAGUUAAAUAAAUGAGUAACCAAAGAACCAAGAAAGAGUCGCUUUCAUUUGGACCCUUGGAUGCCCAUUGAACAGAUGCUUGAGACCUGCAAGUAAUCUUCAGAUUGUAUCGGAACCAUAAGGCCUGUCCUUUGUGUGGGGAGGAGAUAGCCCAUGUGCUGUGGAAAUGAACGGGGAGCAGCAGAUUGAUGCAGAUGCUGGAUCCAGUGUGGAAGAAGUGGAAUUAAGCUGGGAAGAUUAUCUAGAGGAGACAGGGUCCACAGCAGUUCCCUACGGGUCUUUUAAACACGUGGACACACGUUUGCAAAAUGGAUUUGCUCCUGGGAUGAAACUGGAGGUAGCUGUGAAAACAGAUCCUGAAACCUACUGGGUUGCCACCAUCAUUACCACCUGUGAGCAGUUGCUCCUCCUCCGCUAUGAUGGCUACGGGGAGGACCGGAGAGCAGACUUUUGGUGUGAUAUCAGGAAGGCUGACCUCUACCCCAUUGGGUGGUGUAAGCAGAACAAGAAGACCCUCGAAGCCCCAGAAGGCAUCAGAGAUAAAGUGUCUGAUUGGGAUGCGUUUCUGCAGCAGACCCUGAUGGGAGCAUGUAGUCCUCCUGUUCCGCUGCUAGAGGGCCUCCGUAAUGGGAGGAAUCCUUUAGAUCUCAUUGCUCCAGGUUCCAGGCUGGAACGUCAAGCUUUCCAGGACUCUUUAAGCACUUGGAUUGUUACUGUAGUAGACAACAUUGGGGGAAGGCUGAAGCUGCGUUACGAAGGACUUGAAAAUUCUGAUAAUUUUGAACAUUGGUUGUAUUACUUGGAUCCGUUUCUUCAUCAUGUUGGUUGGGCUGAUCAACAGGGAUAUGAGCUUCAGCCCCCAUUAGCCAUCAGACAUCUGAAAAAUGAAGCCGAGUGGCAGAAGGUCUUGGCCAAAGUGAAAGAGGAGGAGGAAGAGCCAUUACCAUCUUACUUGUUUAAGGACAAACAAGUGAUUGGCACUCAUUCAUUCUCUAUAAAUAUGAAAUUGGAAGCUGUAGACCCCUGGUCUCCUUUUGGGAUCUCUCCUGCUACAGUUGUUAAGGUUUUUGAUGAAAAGUAUUUUCUGGUGGAAAUGGAUGAUUUGCGACCAGAGAAUCGUGCCCAGCGAUCCUUCGUGUGCCACGCUGACAGUCCUGGUAUCUUCCCGGUGCAGUGGGGUCUGAAGAACGGUUUACACAUCAGUCCCCCUCCUGGCUACCCGGGCCAGGACUUUGAUUGGGCCGACUACCUCAAACAGUGUGGUGCUGAAGCUGCUCCCCAGAGGUGCUUCCCUCCGUCAAUUUCUGAACAUGAAUUUAAGGAGAACAUGAAGCUUGAGGCAGUGAACCCCCUUCUCCCUGAAGAAGUGUGCGUUGCCACCAUUACUGCAGUGAGAGGUGCCUACCUAUGGCUCCAGCUGGAGGGUUCUAAGAAACCCAUACCUGAAUUUAUUGUGAGUGUGGAAUCCAUGGAUAUAUUUCCUUUGGGCUGGUGUGAAACCAAUGGCCAUCCCCUCAGCACUCCUCGCCGAGCACGAGUGAACAAACAGAGGAAAAUUGCAGUGGUUCAACCAGAAAAACAAAUACCAUCCUCAAGGACUGUCCAUGAGGGUCUGAAGAAUCAGGAGCUGAACUCCACAGACUCAGUUAUGAUUAAUGGAAAAUAUUGCUGUCCAAAGAUAUACUUCAACCACCGUUGCUUCUCAGGGCCAUAUCUUAACAAAGGAAGAAUUGCGGAGCUGCCUCAAUGUGUGGGACCCGGAAACUGUGUCCUGGUCCUCAGAGAGGUCCUCACUUUACUCAUCAACGCAGCCUAUAAACCCAGUCGUGUCCUUCGGGAGCUGCAGCUGGACAGAGACUCUGUGUGGCAUGGAUGUGGGGAAGUCCUAAAGGCCAAAUACAAAGGAAAGAGUUAUCGAGCUACUGUUGAGAUAGUAAAAACAGCAGAUCGGGUGACUGAAUUCUGCCGGCAAACCUGUAUCAAACUGGAGUGCUGUCCUAAUCUCUUUGGUCCACGGAUGGUUCUGGAUAAAUGUUCUGAGAACUGCUCUGUACUUACAAAGACCAAAUAUACACACUACUAUGGAAAGAAGAAAAAUAAAAGAAUUGGGAGGCCACCUGGUGGGCAUAGUAACUUAGCAUGUGCCCUGAAAAAAGCCAGUAAGAGGAGAAAGAGGCGGAAAAAUGUUUUUGUUCAUAAGAAGAAACGCUCCUCUGCGUCUGUUGAUAAUACCCCAGCGGGCUCCCCCCAGGGAAGUGGGGGUGAAGAUGAGGAUGACCCAGAUGAAGGAGAUGAUGAUUCCCUAAGUGAGGGCAGUACAUCUGAGCAGCAGGACGAGCUACAGGAGGAGUCAGAAAUGUCAGAAAAAAAGUCAUGCUCCUCCUCUCCUACCCAAAGUGAGAUCUCCACAUCGCUGCCUCCAGACAAACAAAGAAGAAAAAGAGAGCUUCGCACUUUUUCAUUUUCUGAUGAUGAGAAUAAACCUCCUUCACCAAAGGAAAUAAGGAUUGAAGUUGCUGAAAGGCUUCACCUGGACAGUAACCCCCUGAAGUGGAGCGUGGCAGAUGUUGUGCGGUUCAUCAGAUCCACCGACUGUGCUCCGUUAGCAAGAAUAUUCCUAGACCAGGAAAUUGAUGGGCAGGCCCUGUUGCUCCUUACCCUUCCCACUGUUCAAGAGUGCAUGGACUUAAAAUUGGGCCCUGCCAUCAAACUUUGCCAUCACAUAGAGAGGAUCAAGUUUGCUUUUUAUGAACAAUUUGCCAACUGAGAAAGACAACCAAAGUGGGCUGUAUCUUUGAAGCACAAAUGCAGCGUAUCCUUUGCUCUGCAUUACAAGUGGAGCUGAAAUAGUCCUGGGGCUCUGGGCCCUGCAGGUGUCGGCUUGCUCUCUUUGCACUUUCAGGGAAGGAGGACCCACACUGAGGAAGCAAAAACUGCACAGAAGUGCUCUCCUGCCAGUGAAAAUGUGGGCAUCUCUUGUUCAGCAGAUUGCAGUUUAAAAAAAAUAAAGAUUGUGAAGAAGAGACUCAUAUAAGAAGAAUACACAUUUCCACUGGUGUGGCCUGAAAAAUGAAUAAUCUAGGCUGCUGGAAAACACCCUUCUGGUUUUCUUUUUGUUCUUUCUGUUCCUUCCCAUUGUAGAUUGAACUUUGUUCUCUGCUUUCUCUUUCUUGGAAAGAGAGGACAUAGCUUUAAGUCAGCACUGAUUGGGGACUGAGCCUAAGGCACAUCAGUGCUUCAUUGUCAUUGUGUUUUUAAACUUUUUAAAAUUAAAACAGUUCAUUUUGGGGAUGAUUAUGUGGCUCUAGGGUUUUGAAUGUACAGUCACACUUUGAUCCAUUUUAAAAUCUAUUCUUAGUUCCUUUGUUUUACUACCUCUGUUGAUAAUUGAGCUUAUAGCCAUAUAUGAGGUUUUUUGUAUGAUACCAUUUUUAAACUACAUGAACACUAAAACUAUGACAGAAGUUGGAGGGGGGGAAAAAACACUGCUUUCUUAGAAGCAUUGUGUGACACUUAUACCAGUUCCUUAACUGAUCUGAUCUAAGAACUCUGUCAUUGUUUUCCAUCUUGACCUCAGCUUGGGCUACCUGUUGCAAGUAGUAUCACAAAGAUGGUUGCUAUUUCAGUUGAAAUGCUCUCUUCCCAUUAGUUCUCAGAGAGACUUCGGUCGCUUUUCUUUUUGUUUGCUUUUUUCUACAGUUGUUUGUCUACUUUCAUUCUGAGAGUCCUCAUGCUGGUUAAAAAUCAGCAGGUGUUCCCUGGACCCACAGGAAAGCCCAUUUCCCCUUCUUUCGUGGUGUCUCCAGGCAGAUAGUUUAGAAGCACAACAGAGAAAAUGUAUUUUGGGGGUGAUGUAGAGCAUCAGGUUUCUGUGACGGUGUGUCCUCAGUGGCUGGGUGAAGAUUAAAAGGUGGUUAGGAUUCUAUAAAUGUCUUUGCCUAGUCAUGUGGACACUUUUCUUUGGUCAAACCUUUAGAUCGAAUGUAAUCUACAGUCAAUUCCCACUUACUAACUUGCUUUUCUUUUAGGUGUUUCUUUUAACCCAGCUCAAGUUGACAUUAAACUGCAGAUGAAUUUUCACUUAUGAUUGCACUGCUAGCUACUAUAGAGCGACAGCAUUUGCUGUACUGUUCCAGCCAUGGGGAAUGAGGAAAGAUACAUACAUAGGGGGUUCCUUUAAAUGGUUUGCUUUGCUGAGUGGUGGUUUUUUUUGUUUUUUUUUUUUGUUGUUGUUGUUGUUUUUAAUUAUCCUAGUCAUUUAACCAGUCAUUCCUCUUCAAGAUUUGAAAAUGUUUUAAAAUCACAAACUGGGUAAAUGCUAAACAGCUAUACAAAUAUAAGGUAAUAUUACAAAUUUAAACUGAUGGUGAUUUCUUUCCUUUUUUCCCUCCCCCACCCCACCUGUUUUUCUAGACCUUGUCAGACAUUCUGUAGCCUGAAUCCUCUCUUCAUUCGACAAUUUAUGAACCAUCUUAACUCAAGCCCUCCAACCAAACCAUGUAUUAACACAUCAACUCUUUGCCUAGAUUACUACCAGAUAUACCUGGAAAUAAGCUUCAUUUAAGUAAAAGUUAAUAUGUUUGAACUCAUCAGAGAGCCAGGUUUUAAAUUUUUGAUUGAAUCUAUGCCCAUGGGAGAGAAGCAUAUAUAAGAUACUUGGAAACAGUUAGCACUAAGUAGACAGAGGGGCAGAUCUUGCAUAGUAAUAUUUCCUGAGAGCUUAGCAGUGAAGGCACUAAGGCAAAUAGUUCCUUAAAGAUCAGUGGAACGAAAAACACCGGGAAUUAGUUAACAUUGUUUUCUUAUUUAAGAAAAUGAGAUUUUUUUUCUAAGAGGGAAUUUAUCAAAUGCAACAAUGAAUAUGAUACAUUGUCUCUCUCUUGACUUCUUCAGAAACCAUAGAAUUUAGAACACCUCCUUUCACAGGUGAGGGGGGCAAAGCCCCUGAAAGGUGAAACACACAGCCCUAAGUAGUAGUCUCUGAUCAGGUAGAAUCAGGCCCGACUAUGAUUAUUCAAGCUCAGCUUUCUCCUAGAGAGAAUGACUCUAAAUUGGACAGAUGAUUAGGGUUUCCCUUAAUAAUAUUUCCUGCAUUCUCAUACCAAGCUAAUAGUUUAUUAGGUAACUACAUUAAAGAAGUACAUACCCCCAGCUCCUACUCCCAGAUGUCACAUAAAAGAGGAUAAUUGAGAGUUUGGCAUAAGGCAUUUUUUUUUUUAAGUAUAAAAUUUAGACUCCAUUCACCUCAUCAUGUUUCUGGGGCUGGACUGCACAGCAGUGACAGGCUGAAUCUUGUGAUUCUGAAACAGAUUUUAAGCCUGAUAAUAGCUCACCAUGUUGGGGUAAAAUUGUAUGUUGCACAUAGGUACAUGAGAUUGUUUUUCAAAGAUAUCAGCCUCUUAAAUUUAUAAGAGGUACAUUGUAAGGGACUGCUUUUGUCUAAAUUUCACCUUCAGCUGGCCCCUAAGGUCAAAGUUUUCCAUAAUCCAUUUUUGAUUCUGGAUUGACAAGCUUGGAAACAGGUGACUGGGUUAUAUCAUCCUCCUGGACCUUAAAGUUGCCUGACCAGUAUAAGCCUACUGCUUAGUGUUAAUGUGUUAAGGAAACCUUUUAUUGUACGUGAAGAUUUGCCAUGACAUUUUGACUAUUUUGUGGGCUUGUGGGAAUUAUGCUGUUUUCCUUUAUAAACUACUUUCAUCCCUCUUGUUUGAAGAAGAGUUGAGGAGGCUAAUGCAGGGAAUGUGUUAAUGGGGGCUUUUAUCCUAAAUGCCUUUGUUUAGUGAUGUAGGUGGCUCCUAGCAUCUACAUUAUAGAUAUGAGGUCAGGGAAGGGUAGUUACCAACCUCUGGAAGAGAUGGGCUUCUUGGGUAAAUGUAUUGAAUUAUGAUAGAGGCAGACAUAGAACAGUUCAAAACUUGGCCUGUACAUGCUGCUUCUCCUGGAAGUAAAAUUCUCACUGUGAGAGAGAGGACAUUGGACCAAAGCUUCCUGAGGACUUGAAUACAUUUUACUUGUUCUCUUACACUGAUUCGGUCACUGAUACGGUACCUGAAUACAGAGUAAAGCCUUUAGGAGGCCCUAGGUUGAAUAGGACUCAGAACCAUCCCCCUCACUCAAGCCAAAAAGUAUUUCUGGGUGAUGUACAGAACAUCAGGGAAUUGUAGGUAAGGUUUAUCUAAAUGGGGACAUUGGGAAAACUAUCGUAGUAGGCACUUACAUUUACUUGGCAUCUAUCACCAAAGACUAUUGAUAUUUAAGUCACCAUGUGCUGGUUUGAUUGAUGCCCACAGAUGCUCUGAGAAAGUUGUUAGGAGCAUAGCCUCAGCAGUGAAAAUACACACUGGGUUUGAAGUCUGGUCCUGUAUAUUGGGGAUGGUGUGUGUGUGUAAGUUCAAAAGUAGUCUGUGUUAUCAGUUGGCCUUACGAAAUUGGAGGAGAAGGCAUCACUAACAAAUGGAAGUAUAAGUCUUGGAGGGGACUGGGUUCCCCCUUUAAAAAUGUGAAUGUCUGAUCCUGCAUCCACUGUAAGUAACCAUGUGACAUGCAUGGUGCUGGCUCAGAAACCCUGUAGGACAGAGCCUCCUGCAAAAACAAAAAGAAAUCAAUCACUUGCACACAAGUAUAAUUCUUCCUUGACUUUAUUCACCUUACAAUGUUUUGCUAGUGAAUUUUGAUGAUCCCCAGCCAUUGUAUGAGAAUGUGCAUACUUUGGAAAUUUGAAUUUAUCUAAAUAAGUUAUCCGGGGACUUGGAGCUUUGGCAGAAGAGUUCUAAACUCCAAGCCCAGUCCAAGCAGAUCUAGUUCCAAGCCUGCUGACCUGGGGUUUCCUCUGCACUUGUUCCAGGUUACACAGGUAGUUCUGUUCCUGAGGGCAGCCUUAGGAGUGAAGUUACAGAAGGUGGUAGGCCAUAAGUGCACUGGAGGUUGAUUUGACUUUCUUGGUUCUGGUGUUUCCAAAAUCUUAGAUUUUCACAAGAGUCAGCAAAACCUCGAGUGAGGGUUGGGAGGAUGGAGAAGUAAGCUUAAAACUCCCUCCCUUUGUGUCUUUUCUGACUUGACACACCAUUUGGUUCCAUCCUGGUGUCAUAAUCUAUCACAGAGGACUGUCUUAAAAGGGAAAGAAGCCACAGCCUUGCUGGACACAUCUUUUUAACACCAGCAGUUAAGUGUGGACCUGGAGCCCUGGGAGACAAUGGUGUCGGACUAUCUCUGGAGUCAGCUGAUGAUGCUGGCUAGUGAAAUGAAGCUCCCAUUUCUAAUGGGGGUGCCUAUUCUCAGGAUGUGUGGAAACGCAGUCCUAAGUGUUUCUUCAUGUCUUAGUUAAUCUAACUGCAUGCCUAGCUUGGCAGAAUGCACAUGGGCAAAUGGUGUUGAAAGGAUGAGGGUAGGUCUUUUGGGCAAAUCAAGUUACAAAGCGGAUGACUGAGGGAGGUUACAAAGUUAAAACUGGGCAGUUCCUUAGCUCAUUUUGCAAGAAGUCUCUAGGGAAGUGUAGUUUGAAUGUUUCUCUUGAGAUUUUAAAAUGUGCAUUUCUUUUCCUCUUCCUUUAUUCCUUUUUUUUUUUUGGUUGAAUAUUCUAAAGACAAUCAGGCCUGCCAGGGCAAGACUUCUGGCUGGUUCCAGCACUGUCCUUGGGCCUUUUUCUAAUACUAGCUUCUUGGAACUGAUGCACUUUGUUUAAUGUGUGUUGUCCUUUUUUUUUUUUUUUUUUUUAGCUGCUUGUUUGGAACAAAAUGAAAUGCAUAUUGCAUUGUAUCCCCCCUGCUUGCUGUUUUUCUCUUAAUUUUAAAAGUUAUGCAUUGAGGAUAAAGUAUACUUAAGGAGAAACGUACACAAGAAUACCUAUUAAAAUAACUUCCAUCAAGUUUGAUUAUAUAACUUCUAAGGAUUAAAAAAAAUAUUUUGGAUGAAUAUUUUGUUUAGGCCUUAGGAUUCCUCCAUAUCUGGAUGUGCAGAGCACUGCUUUGUCAAAAAAUUCAUUUUUUAGUUCUGUGUGCAAUUUUCCUUGAACUGUCUGUGUCUUCAAGCAAUUAAUAAUCUCCUUAUGCCCAGCCAAUCUCUUCUGCUUUAAGUACAUAUCCUCUUGUUUGAUUCUCCCCGAAUGUGGACUGUAACUGUUGAGCAUACCCAUAAGGGACCUUCUUAGAUUUAAAGAUAGUAAAGCAAUUUUCCCUUACCUAUUUAUUUUCUAAACUUGAUUUUCUGUAUUUUCCCAUGGUCAAUACUUGUGGAGAGUUUUAAAUUUUUAUAAAUUAAACAUUAAUUUAAUUUAAAAA